CCGCGCUGCUCGCAGUGCGCACAGCAGUACGCACAUGGCGGCGCAACUGAGUGGGAAUGGCGCGGAUGCGCGGGGCGACAGCGGAGGAGGAGCCGGUGCUACCAUGGCGAGAGGGGAGGGCGGCACGGCACCAGUGCUGUCGCGGCACUCGGCGGUGGACUGGGUGGCGCUGGUGCUGUGGAUGGGGUGGAUGCACAUCCUGCUUUUCCUCCUCCUCCUCAUCGCGCUCACCUUCCCUCACCCCCUCGCCCUCGCGCUCCUGCUGCUGCUCGCCACGCUCUCGGUGACGCCCGUCGACGUGGAGGGGCCCGUCGCCAAGGCGUACCGCAGGUUCAUCUACCCGGUGGUGCUGCGCCACUUCCCCGUGCGCGUGCUCUUCCGCGACCAGAGCGCCAUCACCUUCGGCAAGCCCUACGUGGUGGGGUUGGAGCCGCACUCGGUGCUGCCCAUCGGGCUGGCGGCGCUCAUGUGCCACCCCAUGUUCGUUCACGGCUAUGCCGGUGCCACCUCCGCUCUCUUCCGCGUGCCGCUGCUAAGGCAGUUCUGGCAGUGGGUGCGCACCGCGCCCGCCACACGGCCCGUGCUGAUGGGGCUGCUGAGGCGCGGGUGCACGGUGGUGAUCAUCCCCGGCGGCGUGCAGGAGUGCAUCUUCAUGGCGCCCGGCAAGGAGGUGGCGUUCGUCCGCAGCCGCUUUGGCUUCAUCCGCCUGGCGCUGGAGCAGGGGGUCCCCGUGGUGCCCUGCUUCGUCUUCGGCCAGACCACUGCGUACCACUGGUGGAAGCCGGGGGGGGCAUGGUACCGGGCGGUGGCGCGGCGCAUGGGGUUUGCUCCGAUCCUCUUCUGGGGCAUGUGGGGGUCGCCCAUCCCCCUGCGCACGCCCAUGACCAUCGUGUUCGGCACGCCCAUCGGAGGAGGGGACCCCGACCUCAACCCCUCAGAAGAAAGGGUGGCGGCGGUGCAUGCGGAGUACGUGAGUGCGUUGGAGCGCCUCUUCCUCGACUACAGGGCCCAGGCAGGCUACCCUCACAUGCACCUCGACAUCAUGUGACGGGCUGGCAUCAUGUAGAAAUAAGUGGGGGAGGGUUAUAAAUGCCGAGUGACACUAGGGGGCAGCAUUGUUUGGACAUGCUGCGCACACAUGGGGCUGCUCAUCACGUGGCGGACCUAUGCGAAGCACCCAUCGCCAAGGAGGCAGCGGUGGGCUCGCUCUGCUGGGUCAGACGGGGGGCCAGCUUGUCAAAUUACAUAUUUUAUAUAUAUAUAUAUAUUUGUGUAGGCUUGGUAGGUGUGCUACAAUUCCUGAAUCCUACUGUAGAGGGUACAACACACGGUAGGUUUUUCAGCCAACCCUUAAUUUUCAGGGUGGUCAAAAUCUGAACACUUAAAACCCCAAAGCAAAAUAGCAGAGGGGUUAUCAAGUUGGGACCCCUCUUGAUCAGGGCCCCUUUUGUGUCGAGGACCUUUUUUUUAUUCGGA